UUGAAACGUCAACAACCUCGCCGCACGUGCUCCAAGCCGGGGGGCGGGGCUCGGAGCAGGUUCAGUGGCGAUGUGAGUGGUGGUCCUCAGACUUGGAGCGUCCUCAGAUCCACCAUCAACACCACUGACAGGACUCAGUUCCACGUUUGACUCUGUCCUUCCCUCAACUAAAGGUCUGGCCUGUGUUUCACCUGUGACUCACUGUUGAUGGUGGUGAGGUCCGUCGAAUUCAGUGGAGUGAAGAUGAGAGGCUCCAGUCUGCAGCGUGGCUCACACACACACAGACCGGGGCCACGUUACUGGUGGCAGGAGUCACGUCCACAAAUAGAGUCAAUAAAGACAAAUCAAUGGCGCAGACAUUUCUAUCUAUGCCACUUGAUGUUUCCAGGAGGAUCAGGGAAAAAACACAUGCACAAGAGACACACGCUGGACGUGAAGCAGCAACCUUGUGACACACAGGGAUGAGCUGUAACCACUACACUGAGUCACAUGACCAUGGCAACCUCGACCGAUCACUAGGUCCCUCCAAAACAAAACCUAGGGAAGCACUGAAAUCUGUCUCUUUCCCAGCAGAAACAUGAACGAAUAGCUGAGGCACAGAGGUAGAGCAGCAACAGCAGGAGGAGGGUGUUGGAACACAACACUUCCUCGAACUGAACCCAGAGAAACAUCCUGAACAUUCACGUCCUAAUCUGGCUUCAUCCCAGGGUGGGACGGGGGGCGCGUCCUGGAACCAGUCUGGUAACAAACCGCGUACACGGUGAUGGACCGAGGCUUCACCAUUUCACCAGAGUGGCCUUUAGCUUCAGCCCAGACUCAAGCAGAGGCUUCAAAGGAGGCGCGACCUGACCUGGUGUGAGAGGGCGACCGAGGUCCAGAGCAGGACGAAGACGUGCGGCUUCAUGUCCGGCGAGUGACAGGCUGCAGAUGAGAGCAGGCUUUUAGGGCUGAGCCGCCUCCCUCUGACGGCAGCACUUCCCCUGCACACGUCCUCACCAGCCACAGCCCAUGGACGUCACACACCUUUCUUCUUUCACACUUCAGAGCCAAGUUUUUGACCAUCAGUUUUCUAGACGUUUUAUUGACAUCAUGAUGUUUUUUUCUCUUUCAUUCAUGUUUCUUUCAUCUGACUCCCAACCCUCGGCCCGAUGGUCCAUUUCUGUCCUCUAAUUUACAUAUGUUACAUAACAUUUUUUUCUGAAAUGAAUAUGUUCCUCACGUUUUUCUUGUUUUUCUUGUUACUUAGAAAACACACGAAAUAUUACCAUACUGUUGGGAAAUUCUAGAAAGGGAGGGAGGGAGGCGAAAAACAGCCUAAAAUAGAGAGAGAAGUGGCGUCUGAUGGGUUUAGCGCCGGUCUCUCACCAGGUCCAGUUUCCUCGCACUGAAGCUGAGUUCACUGGCUUUAAACGGCCAAUGAAUCACUGGGGUUGUAUCUGUUCUGAAUGGUUCUUCUAGGACCAUCUUCUCAGCAGCAGAGUGGCCAGUCAUGUUUCUGCUGUUAGCAUGUUGCCGAGCCUCUCCAGAGCCUCGGAGCUUCUUCUGAAGUGCGGGAUUCAUUUGCCAUGAGUCGUGAGUCGUGAGUUAACUCAGCCUCGGUGCGAUUCAUUGGGAUUCAUCUGUAUGAAAUGUGUGAAGCUGCGGUCCAGAAAGCCUGUUCAUCUGGGUCAGAUCAGGCCCUGGUUCUCACUCCAACAACCUCGGACCCUCCAGCUCAGGGACACGGGGGCUUCUCUUUGUUUCUGCGUUCCAAAACCGUCCAGAUCUUUUUCUCAGGACCGUCUCACCGCGUCCGCUCCUGCGGCUCGAUAAUCCAACUGGGUUCAACAGAGAGAGCCUUGCUGCCAGCAGGAGGCCCAGACUCUGAGAGGCCCCGCUGGACUCCAGACUCUGAGGUCGAAGGCUGAACUCUGAAGGUCAACCCAGAACCUUCUCUGGAUCCAACAGGAUCCUUCCAGCUGUGUUGCACUGGGUGUGUGAUCGCGGGGGCAGCCGCUGAGGCAAAGCAGUCCAGCACCCUCCUCACUGAGGGGAACCACUGGGGUCCUGGGCCGGCCCCGGGGCCUCCUCCCAUCUGAACGCUGAGCCUCGCCUGGACGACGGAGCUUGUCUCGCUCCACCUCAGGAUAGUCACGUGACGUCGUGUGAAUCGAGCCGAGUCAGCAGAAGUUCAACCUGAGUUGAAGUCCCAGCUUGCGUGGACAGAGAAGUCCAACGCGUGUUUUCCGUGGGACUUUCUGAGAGCCGGAGAUUUCACUUCUGUUUUUCUGAUCCAGGUGGUCAAUGCUUCUGCUUCACGCACGGUGUUGCCGCGGCAACGGCAGCUUGAAAUAGCACGUCAACCGCCGCUCCUGCUUCUUUUGGAGGUCAACCUCUCCUGCGAGUUCAGAGCGCGACGUUUGAGCCACCCGGCCACGGCGCACCACAGGCCGGCGACAGCGGCGCCGACGCCGGUCGUCUCACCCUGCUAUUGUGGUGGAGGAUGACACUGCGGUGGCACUAAUUUUGGUGUGGAACGGAAGUCUAAUUUGAUGAUGAAGCUCUUCACUGCACAGAUUUCCCAAUCGGAGAUUGGCCGGGAGAUUUUGGUGAAAAAGAGGAAACGUGAGAAGUUUCACUUCCGCCACGGCGGGCGCUGACUCACUGCUGUCAGAGCCGUGACGCGAGGCGCAGGGCUGGGGUCUGCAGCUGCUGCUGCGCCUCCUCACUGCUGCCUCAGACAUGUCUGCGCUGCCCACGCUGCUGCUGCUGCUGCUUCACCUGGGCUCCUCGCGGAGCUCCUCAGCCCAGCCGGCUGAAGGGGCGGCCGUGCGGGUCAUUGGUCACCAGAGGUCCAACGCCUGCCAGUGCAGAGUCAACGCCAGCAUGUGGCUCUUCCCCGUCACGGCGUACGAGGCGACGCUGCAGAACGCCAAGUCCUGCCAGGCGACCCUGGACAGCGUGGAGGAGAAGGUCCAGUUGUCGGGUCAGCUCCUCCCUCAGAUCCAGGCUGUGAUCCACAACGUGACGGCCCGACUGCAGCCCUUCCAGUACCUGAACGACGGGGGCCUCUACACGCACUUGGCCCUGCAGCUGCUGGGCCAGGAGCUGAGCGAGCUGGAUGCCAACAUCGACACCAUCCACAGCCAGCUGAAGAACGCCCAGACCGGGAAGCUCCGCAAACAGGUGGCCAAACUGCGGCAGGACGUCGACCGGAUGCAAAUCAACGACAUUGUCAACAUCAAGACGGUGAAGGAGAAGAUGCGCUCCCUGAGGAACCGCGCCGAGUCCUGCAAGUCCAUCCCCAAAGACUUCAGAGUGCAGACUCAGAGAUGCGUCAAAGGUCUGCUGAGCAACAUCAGCGAGCCGGUGGUGACCAAGGUCAGCCCGUUCGGCAAGAGCCUGGUGGCGGGCUCCUGGGGCAAGCAGGCCAUGCAGGACAGCCCGCUGGAGAGCAGCAGCUACUGGGUCCAGCCUCUGACCAGCAGCAACAUCUGGGGCAACACCGUGCGCGUGUACCCCACCCUGGCCGACUUCCUCACCUCCACCAAGCACAACGACUACAACUUCGCUCCCUCCAACAGCCACCCUGACGCCAACGAGGGGCCCAACGCCGUGCUGUACGGCGGCGCCCUCUACUACCACUGCUACCGCUCCAACAAAGUCUGCCGCUACGACUUGGCCACCAAAGCGGUGGUGCGCGUGACCCUCCCGGGAAUCGAGGUGGGCUACGGCAACAAGUUCCCCUACUGCUACUACGACUGCCGCGACAACAGCGACGUGGACCUGGAGGUCGACGAAAGCGGGCUGUGGGCGCUGUACGCCACGGCGGGUAACCACGGUAACCUGGUGAUGAGCCGGCUGGAGUGGCACGGCAAGGAGAAGACGCUCAACGUCACUCACACGUGGGAGACCAGCCUGUUCAAGAAGUCGGUGAGCAACGCCUUCAUGGCCUGCGGCGUCCUCUACGCCACUCGCUACCAGAGCAAAGUCAGCGAGGAGGUCUUCUACGCCUUCGACACGGCCAGCGGCCGCGAUGACAACACGCUGUCGCUGCGCAUGGAGAAGGUCUCCAACGGCAUCGCCAGCGUGAGCUACAACCCCACCGACCGCCGCCUCUACAUGUACAACGACGGCUAUCUGCUGGCCUAUCAGACUAAGUAGAAUCGGCCGCGUGGCAGCAGAAAAACAUCCCAAUUUUUCACUGUCUUCACCCUCAACUUUGAGAGGUGACUUGCUUUAAUAAAAAAAAAAAAAAGAUUGAGAAAUUGAGUUUUGUAUGUUUAGAUUUCCUGGGACUUUUUAGGACCGAUAUUUUCACCGAUAUCAAUUCUUUAUGAUUUGUUUGUUUCACACAAGAACACAGAUGAUCCUGACUAGCAAAGGUCAAAGGUCGUGCCCAUUCACAGCACAGUCUGGCACAAAGGUCAUGUGAAGAAGUGGGGGGGUGACCUUUGACCUGUGCUAGCCUUGACCUUUGACCUGUCCUGUCUUGUGUAUUUUGUGACACCACCAUCACUACUUCAUCGGUUUGUUUUAAACUAGGUGUUACUGACUCUCUGUCAUCGCGACACCAACAGUGUGUGUCGGUGGCGUCGCCCUCUGAUGACAUCAUCACGCUGCCUCAGGUCAGAUGGAGGUUCUCAGAGCAACUUUUCCUCUGUGUCACUGCCUGAUGCGCUCCGCCGGAAACUACGGGAUGGAACCAGAAGUUUCUGGCGCAUGUUUUACCAACUGACCUUUACUGGUAAGCGCAUGCGUCCAUGGUUUUAUCGCGCACAGGCGAUGUCUUUUAACUCAUUAAGAGUCUAGAUUAAGAAAUUGUAUGUUUUAUAUGAUAUUCUAGUUUUGUUUUUUCUUGAAUCCAACAACAUAAACGGACUCAAGCGCCGCUCCACGGUCGACAUACACCUCAUUCGGGGCCAGAUGAGCUCAAUAUGAAACCAAUCCCAGGAGAAAUGUUUCCCACACACUCCGUACUGUAUCGGAAGCCGUGCACAGCGCAGGUCAAAUGUACUGGAGGAGUUUGAUAUUAUUCAUGAUUCAAUAAUACUGGGUUAAAAAAUGAUGAAGACGGAUAGAAACGUACAAUCUCCAGACUACAAUGACAAAUGUUGAAUUAUUUUUUGCACUUGAUGUUGGUUAUUGUUGAUGCACAUAUAGAAUGCAGUCACUGCAUUAUUCAUUUCACUGAAGUACAUCGUAGAAAACCUGAUUGUAUACGUGUAAUAAUAUGGAAAAAAGAAAGAAAAUGAAAGGAAAUGCAAAAUUGAAAACCAUAUGGAAGAAAAAAAAAUCAUGGUGUCUGUGAGGGAAACGUAUUAUUUCACAAUACGUUCACCAUGUUUCCCAGCUCCGGUCAAAUGUUCUUCGUUGAUUUUCAGCUUAAAUGUGAUCAGGCACCUACGCAUGCGCGUAACAAUGUAUCAUUUCCAGAUUUGCUGGUUACAUAUUGACUAUUUUAACAACUAUUAAAAAAACCCACAACUUUACAUGUUAUAAUUAAUAAACACAAUUCGUAGACCUUGCG